GAACGCACAACGAAUCAUCGAUAGCUUAUUGACCGACUUCUAUUUUGGACACUUACAUCCCGCCAAUAAUUUUGACAUGCAAACACUCUUUGAUGUUCUACCAUUGAAGACAGGAAUGCCCGCUGAAGAGCGUCUUACAGUUGAUCUGCUGCGACGCAAGAUCAUUACGAAGCAGAAGAGCAGACGAGAAGACUGCAGUUUGAUUGUUGUCGCUUCACUUGUUGACAAGCCGAACAAUCUA